AUGAGCGUAAGUUUGUCAAUUUUGAGUUUUUUGUAGUUUUUUACAGUUUUUUGCUUUUUUAGGUAAUAAAACUUUAAAAUCUUGUGUUUUGAACCUUGUUUUUCUAAUUUUAAAAUAUAAAAAAAGACUAAUUUUAGUUCUGUGUCUGUAUUUUCAAUAUGCUCUUUUUCAAUAUUGUGAUAUACUACGUAAUUUUUGAUUUUUUCAAAUUUUAGACAUGGGACAAAGUCGGUUUGUCCAGAAUGAACCCAGGUGAAGAAGUUGUUAGUGAUCCUCAAUGUGUGAAUGCCUCUUCUCAUACUCAACAAGUCAAGUGUACAGCCGAUUGUGCUCUGCUGAGAGUAUACGGUGUCGUUAGGGGAGAAGAAUAUCUCUUUGGUAAGUAAUUAUGUUUUUAUAGUUUUGUGGAUAACUACAAAAGUGUUUCUAAAGUUCAUAGAAUUAUAUUUCAGUGUGUUUUAGACCUUAUAUGCAAAUGACUUCCUAUUAUACAUUGGGUUAAAAAAAAGUUUUACAACUUCAGGCGUGAUGCGAGACUGCAGCAGUAACCGAGCCUUCAGAAGGCUAUUGGCACAGGUUUCAGAACCUGACCAGGAUUCAAUUGACGUCCCGAUUCCAUCGAAGAAAACAGAAAGGACGCUGACUUUCCAGAUCUGUCGCGAAGAUUACUGUAACGGGCCGAAGCGGAAGACGGCUUACUUUUUAUCCCGAUCCUGCACACAUUCACUCUCCGGUUCGCAUCUUUUGCUUUUAUUACUCAUUUUAAUAUAUUUCUAUUAA